AUGGGCGGCGGCCCUUCCACCAUCCGCCGGAAUCUACACGAGAAGUCCAACACCGAACUCACCUCCUCCCUCCGCGCAAACUUCUCCUCGAACCAACAAGCCACCACCAACGGAGGCGCCAGCACCUCUCUCCCCGACUCUCCUGCCCCGUCCUCCCGCGCCUGGACUUCCCAAGACGGCGCCGACCUGUACAUCCCCGCCCUCGACUUCUCACAGUCAGGCCUCAACGAGGAGCGCGCCGCAUAUGACAUCACCGUGAAGCUGUUCUACCUGCCCCACGUGCCCGUCGCGCAGCGCAUCCUUCACACCCGCAACGCUGUCGACCUCGUGUUGAAAGAGCUGCACGUCCCCUCCAUCGACCUACUCAUCGUAUCCUUCCCAGGCAUCGCCUUCGACGCCGACGACGAGGACUCGGACGCCGAUGAGAGCAGUGGCACACCUACAGGCGGCGGGUCCGGGUCGGAGAGCGGCAGCGGCGCCGAGGACAUGGACAGCAUGAUCGAGACGUGGCGCGCCGUCGAGGAGCUGUACGACGAGGGCCUGAUCACGAAGCUGGGGCUGUCCGAGUUCGGCUCGCAGCGGCUGUCCAAGUUUUUGGCCAAGGCGAGGCUGAGGCCGAGCGUGGAUCAGAUCAACGUGCGGGAUUGCUGCGUCGUGCCGAAGCCGCUGAUACUGUAUGCCAAGCAAGAAGGGAUCGAGUUGCUUACGCACAAUGACUGUACGAACAUCCUCCCGUCCGGUACGGUGAGGGAGCUGUUGGGUCCUGGAGAGAAGGGUGCUGGUGUUCUGGCUGGCCCGGAUGGCUCGUCGGAUGGGUUAAAGGGAGAUGUCACACCGCAGUGGGUGGUGAAGUAUACGGCCGUGGUUAAGGACAGAGGUGUUGUGGAGAAUAAGGGCUACUUUGCCGUAGCUGAGCUCCAUGACUGA